CAGCCGAAGAGCUAACACACUUGGUGCUUGUACUGCGUGUGGCAGCAGCGACACCCCGACACACACACACACAUAUACACAUAGGACGCCGCAUCAAUUUAGUGACUUCCAUCGUGCCCAGUUCGAGCGAGCCCAGUGUGCCCAUUUCCGAUUAUUGACAGUGAUUGUUCCGUGAUGCGACUGUAGGCACGACCAUGAUGCCGUCGACACGAGUCCGCAUCCUUUUGACGGCCGCAUUCGCCCUCAUCUCAGUGGGCAGAUGCAGCGGUUUCACGCCGCAGAGCUUCAGCGUGUCGCCGGUCAACGUGAGCGUCCACGAGGGCAGCGAGGCACUGCUGCAGUGCCAAGUGGCGAAUCUCGCCGGCCAGGUGCAGUGGGUCAAAGACGGCCUCGCCCUUGGUUACGAAGCGACCAUCCCUGGCAGUCCGCGAUACUCCAUGAUCGGCGACCGCUCGAGCGGCGUCUUCAACCUGCGAAUCAUCAACGCCAGUCUAGACGACGACGCAGAUUUUGAGUGCCAAGUCAGCCCGGCGAAGGGUCACAAAGCGAUCCGCUCUGGCGCUAAGCUCACAGUUAUCGCUCCACCAACCGAGGUGGAAAUUGUAGGCCACCCGCGUAACUCCAAGAUCGAAGUGAACGAGAACCAGUCGCUGACACUUGAGUGCGUGGCGUACAACGCGAAACCACCGCCGACCAUCGUGUGGUAUCGCAACAAAGUGGAACUGCAAGGUUUGCUUGAAUAUCAAAACAACGUCGCCCUUACUAAUAGGGUCGAUUCUGUCGCAGGUGUAGAGCAAAAUCAGAUCGCCAACGAAGUACCAGACGCCAGCCACGCCAAGAGAUACAACGUCAAGAGCCGCAUCACCCUGAGCCCGUCAAAGGAAGACGAUUACACCGACUACACGUGCGAGGCGCGACACGAGGCGCUUGCCAAGGAGUACCCGCUGCGCACCGCCGUGCAGCUGUCAGUGUUGUACCCGCCCGGUGAGCCUCAUAUUGAGGGCUACACCGAAGGAGAGACCAUCCGCAGAGGCCAGCAGGUGGAGCUUUCUUGCCGGUCUAGAGGCGGAAACCCUCCUGCCCAACUUGUGUGGUACCGCAACGACCUCCAGGUCAACAUGAUGUAUCACUCAAAGGGACGCUACUCGGAAAAUUUCUACAAGUUUACAGCUAAGGCCUCGGACAACGGCGCACGAUUCCGAUGCGAGGCAAGCAACGUCCGCAGCGUUAAACCUCUCAAGGCCGAGGUCAAACUCACCGUAUUCUUCGCACCAGCGCAGGUGACUAUCUCCGGCCCAACCGAGGGCAAAGUGGGAGACACUCUGCACCUCACUUGCAUCACGGCUAAUUCAAACCCACCAGCUGAGAUUAUGUGGGCUGUGAAUGGAAAGAAACGCCUCAACGUGCCCAGCAUUAAGCUUGACUCACCAGACGGCGGAUCUAUCACUUCUAGCAACCUUAGUGUCACUAUUCCGACGGGUGGGCAGCGGUCAUUGGCCGUCGUUUGCCAUGGAAACAAUCAGCACCUCUCGGAGACCAUUCUCAGAACCCACAGCAUCAAUAUUUUGUAUCCCCCUGGAGAACCAUUGAUUGUUGGCUACCACCCUGACUCCUAUGUGACCGCUGGCUCCACAAAGAAACUCUCUUGCAGAUCUGAAGGCGGUCACCCUUUGGCCACUUUGACAUGGUACAAGAAUGAUAAAAAGAUUCCUUCAACGGCUAAAGAGGUGAACAAGACCAUGAUUUCUGAAAUCACAGUGGCAAUCAACCAGACAGACAAUGAGGCGCGUUACAAAUGCGAGGCCUCCAACGCAGCCACUGAAGUGCCCUUGGUUGACACGGUGACCAUGCAUGUUUAUUAUCCUCCUGAGCACGUUGUGAUCCGCCAAGACCCUCCUAAACUGAAGCCUGGACAAAAAGCUACCCUGACCUGCGAGAGUAGUGCCAGUAACCCCCCGGCUGUUAUCACUUGGUGGAGGGCAGGAAUUCCCAUUAGCACUGCCCCUGGUGACAUCACAAAUGCAACUGGCCCUGGACUGUAUGGAGGCAAAACCUCUACCAGCACUCUCUCGAUCAACGUUGCCCCUGACUCUGAUGGCCUCACCUACACUUGCCAAGCCACUAACACGCAGAUGCGCAUCGAUGUCAACCAAAUGAUGAAACUCAACAUUGUCUACAAACCAGUCUUUGAUGGAGAACCAACUUCAGGCAUUCGCCAAGUGACGGCCAUCGAAGGCGAGCAGGGCCAGUUGGCCAUAAGUCCUAGAGGAAACCCUCCUGACUUGAAGUUGACCUGGUUCAAGGACAACCUGCCGUACAGAGCAUCACCUUUGGUCACUGUGAGUCAAUCUACCCUCAACUUCUCCACAGUCAAGCGAGAGGAUGCUGGAAUUUAUGCCCUGGACGCUUCUAACUCCGAGGGCACUUCUUCGGUCAAGGUCCAGUUCAUUGUCAAAUUCUCGCCUAAAAUCACUUCUGUGCCUCGAGUUGUGAUUGUUGCUGACAAGGAAGAUGCAACCCUUACUUGCAGUGCAGAUGGUGAACCUCUGGCUAUGGAACACUUCACCUGGAAACGAGCUGGUUUUAAUGUGAAAGAAAGGGCCACCGUCACCUACGCCAAUGGCACAUCCUUCCUCAGGAUCCACGCACCUACCAAGGAGGACAUGGGACAAUAUGAGUGCAUUGUGAACAAUGGCAUCGGUGCCGUUGCCAAGGCCAAUGCUACCAUGCUUAUCAAGCACAAGCCUGAGUUUGAUAUCAGUCCGGAAAUCUCAAAAGCAGCCGCAAAUUCUGGAAACGAAGCCAGACUUGUCUGCAGGGCAAAAGGUGCGCCUCAAGUGAACUUUGAGUGGAGAAAGGGAAACUCAAACAUAAAUGGAAACACCUCGGAUAGGUACAUUACAGCUGUUAACAAGUUGGAUGAGCUGACAUAUGAAAGCAUUCUGGUUAUCAAAGCGGUUAAGCAGAAUGACUUUGGCACCUAUGAUUGUGUGGCCAAGAACUCCAUGGGACCUGCUGUCCACAACAUCAAGCUUGAGAUCACAUCUAGGCCUGACCCUCCUAUUUCCAUUUCGAUCAUGAACAUCACGCAUGACUCGAUCACAGUCAGCUGGGUGCCUGGAUUCAAUGGAGGUCUUCCACAAGCUUUCAGGCUCAACUUUAGAAGGGUUGGAACUGAAGCGUCUCACACGGUUGACGUGACUCCGUCUAAUAGCACCAGAUACAUAAUUCGAGGAUUGCACCUUGGAACUGAGUAUGAGAUUACAGUGAAAGCCAAAAACAGGCUGGGUGAAAGUCCAUACCUGCAGAAUCCAGUCAGAGGCAUGACACUGAACGUGGCGCCUGCCACUCCGGCGCCGCCUCCCUCGUCGGCGCCAGGGCACGGCGCCCCCUCCCCCUCCUCUCCCUCGGCGCCUCCGCCAGCCCUGGUCGCAGGGGUGGCUCUGUGCGCCGUGCUGCUGGUGCUACCCUUGGUGGUGGGUCUUUGCUACUGCGUGUCGCGGCGCAGGAGAAAGAACAACCGAUUGCUCACAGGUGCAAGCGAGCAAGGGAGCAACAAGAGUGGCAACAUAGAGAUGUAUGCCCCAAGCAGUUUCAACGAGACUGUGACUGGAGAGACUCUGAGCUCUAUUUCUGAGAAAAGUGAGACUUACUCUGGAGAGGCUGUUGAAGAAUUCAUCGAACAAGGCUCGAAGCGUGCAGCCAGCACUUACCUGAUUGACCAGGUGGAGCCGCCGGCGCAGUAUGCGGGCUACAUGCACCCCGGAAGCCGGCAGAGCACCCUAACCAGGCAGCACAAACCCGUCGCGCCCAACCAAGAGCUCGACCAGGAGGCUGUCUACGUCGACUCACUUCGCAGAAACGCUUACAACCACUCCAUUGGGGAGCACAAGGGCUAUCACCCUGCACCUCCCCCGGAGAUGGACCCCUCUGCCUACUACCCCCAGGAGCGCUACUACCCCCCGCCACCAGGCCCCUUCAGCCGACCUCCCUUGAGCAACGGCAUGGCCCACCGUCACGUGGUGCCGCCGCCUGACGUCACCAUGUUGGUGCACGCGGCCAACGGCCCUGUGGUGCCUCGAGUGCCGCCCAAAGUGCCCUCGACGCCGACGUCGCACCUGACUACCUUCACCCCUCACCAGGCGGCCGAGGGGCGCAGCCUUGAGACUGAAGGCCACCUCGUCUAGUUUCCGGCUUAAGUGCUGGAAUUGAACUCUGAGAACUUCGCAGGGAUUUGGACACUUUGAAAUUCAAAGUGUGAAACUCUCUUGCGGUGCCGAAAAAACCAAAUAGAAUUUAUGUUUAAUUGCAAACACAUACAAUGCUCUACUCCAGUUAAAAAGUUAUGGGAUGAACUCUAUUAAUGGUGAAUCUCACGAGGGUCUGCUCUCUCCGUUUCUCUAGUUUCCUCAGCUAAUCGAAGAGUUUUUGUUUUAGUCACGAGAAUCAAAGUUUGGCUUGAGUGUACUUUGUUUCUUUUAUAAUUUGUGUAAGCUAAGUUAUGACGUGUUAGUGUAAUUUAUGGAACAAUAUUUUGUAAAUUGAUUCUUUGACCAAUUUAAAUGCAUCAACAGGGAAGCCAUCAAAAGGCUCAACACUGGCAUAAUUCCGAACGCAUUUCUUGGAAACAAAAUUUUUUGAACUUCCACUUCAGAAAACAUUAUUAUUUUUGUAAUGACGGCUUUUGAAUUUUGUUUGAUUUUUUAUUUUUUUUUUUUUUAA